AUGUCAUCCCCACUCUAUACAACAUCGUCUAAGCUUGCAAAAUUUACAUACUUCGUUGACGAAAUUUUAUGCAACAGGAUCGGAAACCCCAUUGUUUUGUCCUUUGUGGCUGCAGUUUUGGCAAUUACGCUUUUUGUGUUACUGGCAAUCAAAGCGUCCACACAUGAUUUGGCAUUUUUAAGCAUUGACGACUAUGUCCAAGAGCUUUGGCAUAACUUAGUCAAUAUUAUGUUCAUCAUCAGAUUCCCCUCUCACAGCAGAAACGGGCUUGCACGGAAAUCCAAUAAAGCGUUCGAGAUUCUCCUUUUUCUUGCGCAAAACGCCGGUAUUGCUAUGUUGAUGUUGCCUACAAAUUACUCGCUCUUGUACACUGACUGCAGCAAGAUUCUUAAGUUUUUCAUGCUAUCACAGAUCAUUGCUCCGUAUGUUGUUCUCGCGAUGACGGUCGUGGAGAAAUUAUACUCAAAAGAAGAGAGUGAGAAGGCUGGUUCUUUUCGCCCAGAUUUGAAGAGAAUCUCCAUGCUUACGGAGACUAACAACAACUUGUUGCCUGUGUUUAUUACCCAUUCGUUUGCAUUCGUUAAUUUCACGUUCCAAUUGGCAGACGCUCCAAGAAUCGUUUUACUAUACAAGUUGGUUUGCUGCUGCUUGAAGUUCACUUUGAUCCACCGCUUCAUCCUUCAUGUUGUGGUUGUUUUCGUUAAUGGCGAAAACGUUAAAGAUUAUGCCGAACUAUACCGCCCAGUUCUGCUUGAAAACCAAGAGCGCACGUGGAAAUGCUUUUUCCGUGAACAUGAGACGGCGAUCAUGGCAGUUUGCGCCCUGGUUUUGAUAGCACAGGACAUGGGCAUCAUUGCCAUCUUGAAGUUCUUCGUUUCAUAG